AUGAUGAACCGCACACCCAGAGUCGCGACCCGCUGCCUCAGACAGCAACGCACCAACCCCCUGAAGAACCGUUACUUCAACGCCCGCUUCCAGUCCUCUUCCGCAGAAUCUAGCUCCAGCGGUAGCAGCAGCAGCAACCCCGCCCUGGUUGGCGGUCUGGCUGGUGGUGCGGUCACUCUCGUGGCCGGAUAUGCCUGGUACCACUUCUCCGGCGCCCGCACGGUGGUCAAGACAGUCAAGCAGACCCAGCACUACGCCGACCAGGUGAAGCAGGGAAUCGUUCAGAAUGUACCCGAGCCCGACAGGGCCUUCGACUGGCUCCGCGACACCGUGAAGAGCUACGCCGGCUUCAUCCCGGGAGCGCGCAAGUACAUCGAUACCGCAUUCGACGACCUCGAGAAGAUCAAGCAGAAGCAUGGCAGCGAGUUCGACGCGAUCGUUCGCGACGCCUACUCGGAGAUCAAGGCCGUGACCAAGAAGGGCGGCUCCAAUGCGGAUACCGCCUUCGAAGCCCUGCGCGUGCUGCAGAAACACCUCGGUCGCUUGGCCGAGCUGUCCGGUGACGCGGCGGAGGAUAUCCUCGACAACCACCCCUGGCUGCAGGAGAAGGUCGGUGGCAGCUGGGACCAGCUGAAGCAGAUGGGCGACGCGUACGGCCCGCAGGCCAAGGAGGAGGUCAACAAGACCUGGGAGCAGGUCUCCAGCAUUGCCAAGGAGGGAUUCAGCGUGCAGUCGGCGGAGAAGGUGCGCCAAUUGGUCCAGGAGAAAAAGGAGAAGCUGCAGAAGCUUGGCGAUGAGGCGUGGCAGAAGGGCCUCGAGGAGAGCAAGCAGUACCUGGAGAAGAACCCCCAGCUGAAGGAGCUGGUGGAGAACAACGCCGAUGCGCUGAAGCAGGGCAACUUCGGCGAGCUGUGGGGUCUGGUCAAGGACUCGGCCUCCUCCGGCAAGACGGAGCAGGUGGAGAAGUUCGUCAAGGACAAGGUCGAUCAGGCCAAGAACAGCAGCUCCUUCGACCUGGACAAGUGGACUAAGAUGGUCCCUGGCGGAUCGGACAUCCUGAACCAGCUGCAGUCGCUGCGCACGGUGGGCGAGAAGAAGGGCAAGGAGGCGGAGGGAGUGCUCAAGGAGACGGUCGAGGAGCUGCAGCAGGUGUUGAAGAAGCGAAAGGACCAGAUCGAGAAGCUGGCGAGUGAGGCCAAAGAGGAGAGCAAGUAG